AUGGGUAACUCGGGCGAUGACGGCAUCCCCUCGUGGCAACGGGCACCCCAAUCAACCUCCGUAGCUUCGCCAGGUGCCGCGGCAACACAAGCAGCGAGCACCGAUGCCGGUGGCGAUGCCGGGAAUCCUAGCGCAGAUGACAAACUGGCAAUUGCGCGACGCUUUUUAGACGACGAGAAGGUCAAGAAUGAACCGCAGGACAAGAAAGUGGCUUUUUUGAAGGCAAAGGGCGUGGAGGAUGUCCAUAUUCAAGAGCUACUGGGCAAUGCUCACGCGAUCGCUACAAAGAAUGAGGACGACGCUUCUUCUCCCGUACCAUAUAAACCUACAUCCGCCGCCGCUGAACGAGCUCCGAUCGUCACAUACCCCGAGUUCCUUGCCAAACCGCAGCGCCCACCACCGCUCGUCACUACGCAGGGUCUUUUCAAUACGGUUUACGGAUUCGUGGGGCUUUCAACGCUCAUAUACGGAGUAAGCAAAUACGUGGUCGAGCCCAUGGUUGAGAACCUCAACAACGCGCGUCAGGAGCUGCACGUUACAACGGCGAGUCGCCUCGAAGAGCUUGUGAACCAACUCGAACGUACGGUUUCCGUCGUACCGCCCCCCAAGCAUGCUGCGCCGGUUACUAGCCCACUUGCAUCCACUACUACAGCUAUGGUCAAUGACGAGGAAGACGACGAAGACCCCGCGGAAAUGUUUCACCGAGAUAUUGGCACGCAAACCUCCUUCAGUGAUGCGGUAGCCAGCGUGCCUGAGAAUGCAAAGCACCCGGAGGCAAGGCAAUCAGUAUCGCUGCAACAUGCUACGGGUGUGACUAAGUUGACUAAGUGCGUUUCGAGCCUCCGCGAUGGCGUCGUCUCGCAAAGUGGCGAUUUUGAGGAUAUCAAGGCUCAGGUUGAGCACUUUCGGGAAGAACUGGACCGCAUGAUUUUCCCGCAGAUGGACUUUACACCUGGUACCUACGGGAUGAUAGCAACAGCGGGAUCUAAGAAUGAGCCGGAUGACGAGGUCCGAAAGGCGAGGGACAACAUUCGUCGAAUCAAAGGCGUGCUGCUCAGUACAAGAAGCUUCCCCGCCUCGACGAGAUAG